AUGUAUCCUCCCAUCGAACCAUACAACGCGGGCAAGCUCAAGGUGUCCGAUGUGCAUACACUCCACUAUGAGGUCAGCGGCAACAAGGACGGCAACCCUGUUGUCUUCCUGCAUGGCGGACCCGGCGGGGGAUAUGAUGAUAAGGACAGAUCGUUCUUCAACCCUGUAAAGUACAAGAUCGUGCUCUUUGACCAGCGAGGCUCCGGCAGGUCCACACCGUCAGCUUGUCUCGAAGAGAACACCACAUGGGAUCUGGUGAAAGAUUUGGAACGUCUCAGGGAGCAUCUGGGAGUCGACAAGUGGCACGUAUUCGGCGGCUCCUGGUCACACCCUGACCGUGUCAAGAGCCUUGUUAUCCGUGGAAUCUUUACCCUGAGGAAGAGCGAAUUACGGUUCUUCUACCAAGAUGGAACAUCUCACUUAUUUCCGGAAGCCUGGGAUGAAUUCGUAGCGCCUAUUCCCGAGGCUGAACGGCAUGACAUGAUCCUUGCGUAUCACGCCCAACUCAAUUCCGUCGACGAUCAGACUCGUAUAAGGGCCGCGAAGGCUUGGUCAAAAUACGAAAUGGCUACCUCCAAACUCUACGUUGAUCCCGAGCAGAUUGCGAGGGCUGACUUGGAUGACUUUGCUAAUGCAUUCGCUAGGAUUGAAAACCAUUACUUCGUCAACGAUGGUUUCAUGCGAGACGGUCAGCUCCUGGAAAAGCAGGAAAUUGAUAAGAUACGUCAUAUUCCAUGCAUGGUGGUGCAAGGGAGAUACGACGUCGUAUGUCCGGCGACUACUGCUUGGGCUCUGAAGAAAGUAUGGCCUGAGAUUGAGUUCCACAUCGUGCCUGAUGCUGGGCACUCGGCACGCGAGCCUGGUAUUGCAGCUCUCCUCGUCAAGGUGAGCGUACUCGACCUACCACAGGGCAAAGUCCAUUGA